AGGAUGAGCUUUAAGUCCCCACUCUCACUCCAGGAGCUGGCAGAGAACAGCCUCCUGAGGAACCGGGCCUUGGCUAUCUCUGCUUUGGAGGAUUUGCCCUCAGUUUUCAUCCCAUCCCUGUUCAAAAAGGCUUGCAGAAAGAACUGCUCUGACAUCAUGGUGACAAUGGUGCAGGCCUGGCCCUUUCCCUGCCUCCCACUGGGAGCCAUGAUCAGGAGGAAAGCUGCCUAUAGGAGAAUUUUAGAGAUUAUCCUGUUGGGGCUUGAUGGUCUGCUUUUCCAGAAGGCCUAUCACAGGAGGUGCAGACUCCAAGUGCUGGAUUUACGCGGUAUGCCUUUGAAGAUGUGGGACACGUGGUCCGUGUUCAUGGCUCAUGACCCCAGUGAGAAUCCAGCAGCGGUGGGUGAGGCAGGAACCGAGGCGAGGCCACUGCUGAAGGUGGUGAUCGACCUGGUCCUCAAGGAAGGUCCACUAACAUCCGCAGAGUCCUUCCUGGUUCAGUGGGUGGGUCAGAGGGAGGGUCAGACGCGCCUGUGCUGUAACAAGCUCCAGAUCUGGUCUAUGGCCAUCAGCUACCACAGAGGAGUCUUGGAGAGGUUGGAUCUGGACUCUAUCCAGGAACUGAGUUUGCUCUGCAUGAAUAAUCCUACCUGCCUGCUAAACUUCUCCCCUUACCUGGGCCGUAUGAGGAACUUGCGUAGUCUCCUUCUCUCCAGCCUCUGGUCGGGUGUCUUUCUCACCCCAGUGGAGAAGGAUCAGAUCAUUACCCAAUUCACCUCGCAGUUUGUCAAGCUGAAGCACCUCCAGAGCCUGCACCUGGAUAAUGUCUUCUUCCUAGAGGGCCACCUGGACCAGCUGUUCUGGUGGUUAAGGGCACCCUUAGAGACCCUGUCGGUGACCCAUUGCUUUCUCUCAAAAUCAGACUGGACCCAUCUGGCUGAGUUCCUGUGCAUGAGCCAGCUAAAACACCUGAUUUUGAAAUGCGUCAAACUAACUCAUUUCAGCCCAGAGCCCCUGCGAGUUCUGUUGCUAAAAACUGCACCUGCUUUGAUGACCCUGGACUUGGAGGGCUGUCAGCUGACGGACUCCCAACUCAGUGCCAUCCUGCCGGCUCUGAGACGCUGUACCCAGCUCACCCUGUUCAACUUGAGUGGAAACUAUGCCUCCAAGCGUUUCUUGAGGGAUUUGACAGAUCACCAGAUCAAGCUGAGACACCAAGGGUCACAGAUAACCCUUGUCCCAAGCUGUGAUGAUUAG